AUGCUGCAGCAGAAGGCCGUCCGCCGCGUCGCCAACUUCGGCAACGGCGUUUUGCGCCUCUUCGCCCCACGCAUGCACGAAUAUUACGACACUACGUUGGCCACUCUGUGCGGCCGCGAUCCGAAACUGCGACGCAACUUCCACAACUCGGCGUUCAGCUGUGCCACCUUCAACUUGGGCCCGCGCACGGUAACGCACGUUCACACCGACCACCUGAAUCUUCCCUCCGGCUGGUGCAGCAUCACCGCGCUCGGAGACUACGACCCCACCGCCGGGGGCCAUCUGAUCCUCUGGGAUCUCCGCAUGGUCAUCGAGUUCCCCCCCGGCUCGACGAUCCUCAUACCAUCAGCAAUCCUUCAACACUCUAACACGGCGAUUUCAGAUAAUGAGUACAGAUACUCGUUCACUCAGUACACUCCAGGGGGACUUUUUAGAUGGGUUGCAUGCGGGUUUCGAUCGGUGAAGGAGGCAGGGAUAUCCGCGAAGGAGCUGAAUCGAUUGGGUCCAGAGCGUUGGGCGCAGGGGUUGAGUAUGUUUAGUACCUGGCCAGAGCUAUGUGCAGAAGCCCCGUAG